AUGAUUAGAAGACGUUUUUCAACCUUACUAUCAAAAGAUUUGAGUAAAUUGACACUAGCAGACUUAAAAAAUGCUAGUCAAAAUGAUGAAAAUGGUAAAUACUCAAUAAUAAAGAAAUUAAAUGAGUCUAAUAAUGCCAAUUCAGAGUUUUAUAAUCAUUUGGUCUCUGAUUUUUCAUCAUAUUAUAAACUACAAAAUGAAAAAUUCAACAAUGCCUUACUUACACAUUUUAUAAACAUUAAUCCAGGUAGAGUUUUGACUACUUAUGACUUAUUUGACAAACAUUUAAUUGAAGUAAGUGAAGAGCUUUUAAAAACUGUAUUUGAUAAACUAGUAUUGGAAAAGAAUAUACAUGAUUUAGUUAAAAUUAAAGAAAAGUACCCAAGUUUUGAGUAUAAAUUAGAGCCAUUAGUUGAUCAAUUAAUAGCUGAUGAGGAUUUUAUAUCAAUUAGGAAAUUGGCCUUACAUUACUCCAUCAAUCUUGAAAAUUUGAAAAAUAGAUUGGGAACGGUCAUUGGUAGAUUUGCAUUUUUGGAAUUUUUCAAACCUUUACAACCACAAUCAGCUUGGGCUUAUGUUGUAUUAUUAAAUUUAAACUUUGAUAAAGAGUUAAAUCAAUUGUAUGCUUCCUUAAAUCAAAAUUUGCCAAAUUAUAAUAAUGAAGUCUUGAAAAUCAUAAAUGAGUCAAGUAUAGAUUUAGAAGCAGAGAAUCUAGAUCUAAGAAUAUCAAUUUUGAAAGUUUUAGGCAUGGUAGAGAAUAACAUUGAUGAAACAUUGAAGAAAUUUCAUUUAUAUCAAUCUAAAACUCCAUAUGGAAUUGAAAAUAUUAAAAUUAUAAUGUGUAAUAUUUUUGCAUAUCAAGCUAUUUUAACUGAUGAAGUUAUAAAUUUACAAAUUGCAGAAUAUUUAAUGCCUAGUGAUAUAAGAACUAUAAAUUUAAUACAAAUUUUAAUUAUAAUGAAUAGUAAUUUUAAUACUGACAAGGCAAUGAAAAUAUUUAAUGAAUUUAUAAACAAAGUUAGUGAGAAAGGUAAGGCAAAAUUAAUUGAAAGUAUAAUCAUCGGUCAUUUAUUGAAUAAUGAUCGAAAUUUUGCUCAUUUGGUAUUUGAAAAGUCGAUUGAAAAUAAAGUGUUAGUUGAUGACAAAGAAAUAGCAAAGAUUAAAAAGAUAUUCAAAAGCUUUAGUGAUUGUUUCAUGGAGAAUGAAGAUUGGUCAAUUGUGAAAUUUAAGUUCAAGCAAAUAGUAUUAACUUACGUACAAAGUAUAAAUUCUGUAGAUUUCCAAAAUAUGUAA